AUGUCUAGAAUCGAGAAGUUUGAUAGCACAAAUUUUGGCUAUUGGAUGAUGCAGAUUGACUAUGAUCUCUACGGAAAAGACUUCAUCUUCCUCUGGUUUAGUUUUGAGGGGACCAACAAUCUGAAGAAACAAUUGUCAAAAUUGUUUAGAAUGUAUGAUUUUGGAGUUGCAAAACAAGUCAUUGGCAAAAGAAUUAUCGGAGAAAGAAUCAAAGCCACGAUGAGAAUUUCACAAGGAGAGGAUGUUAACAGAUUACUCAAAAAGUUCAAUAUGGAUAAAGUCAAACUAGUGGGCACACCAAAGAUAGACGUUGCCCAUGCAGUAGGAGUUGUGAGGUUACAGAGUACUGCAAGUUUUGUAUAUGCAAUGGGUGGUGCUGUUGUGUCUUGGGGUUCAAACUUGCAAAAGAUUGUUGAUCUGUCUACCAUAGAAGCAGAGUAUAUUGUUGUAUCUGAAGUCUCAAAGGACAUGAUUUGGUUUUAG